AAACUCAUUUCUCUGAAAUUGACUCUCUCUAUUCUCAUGAUAAACAACUCCAUUAUUCGGAAUCUAUAAAAAAAUCUAUAGAAUUCACAAAACAGAUCACACCUGCGGUCAACUCUUUUAUGGAACAAAAAACAGGGUUUCCGUUUAUGAAAAUGGCAUAUGAAAAAGUUCUUCAUCCUUCUCUUUUUCUUCACAAAAAGCAAUAUG